AUGCUCACUAGGCCAACCCCGAGGGGUGUGCCAGCGCGUGAAAUAAACACGCAAAGAAAAAUCCUUAAAGAAGCGGCAGGGCGUGGCUGUGUGUGUGGCGCUGCGGGUGUCUGCCAGCCCUGGCCGCAAAAACAAAACAAGAGGGAAAGAAAUGUGUGCUCCGCCCCACAGGCCCUCGUCGCACGCCCACACGUCACGGCUCCCUCAGCGCGCCGUUCGUCGCGGCCCCUCCUCAUGCGUGCAGCAGGCGAGGCGCACAGGGCCGUCGUCACGAGCGUGUCGGUGGGU